AUGGAGAAGGAAAAGCUGAUAUGGGCUGGGUUCGGUAUCGUGAGUAUCAUGUCGCUGAUGUACCUCCAGCGUCCAUCGAUGUCCCCACGUCGUGGAAGGCAUUCGUCCCGCCUCCCGCGCACCGACCGCACUGGCUCGAGGCAUCGCCCCAAUGCAUCAACACCCUACACACCAGCAGCAAGGCCUGACCGCUCACGUGGCAGCGCGACUUCGCGACGAGAGUCAAGCGCCAACCAUAAGGAUAACAACAACCACAUAGGUGCUUUAAAAACUUCCAAGGGGUCGCCUCCCCCUCGAGAUCCACGCGAGAAGGUCACCGCUGCGGCAAUAGGGAUGCUGCAGCUAUCUGGUGGAAGUGACCUGGCAAUGGGGCAGCGCACUGCCAGGCACACCACAGGGUUUCAGCACCCGGUGAGUUCCGCGGCAAGUGGUGUUAAAAAAGACCGCCCUACCGAGACGCGGGCCACACAGACAGACAGUUGCAUGUGGGAGGAGUCGUGUCGUGCGGGGGCACCCAUGACGAGCCAUAUCGCUGAUGCACUGGGGAUGAUUAGUCCCAUAGCGUCAAAGGACAUGGACGUUGCGUCGCCAUUUUCACCAGCAGCUGCAUAUUUCAGUCCACAAGAGGAUCCUACAAUGGGUGCAAUUGGACUAAUUCUUCCGCCUUCGUUGGAGCGAGGCGUUGAGACGGAGUUGUCAAGUCUUGUAAAGGCGAUACAGUCACCGAUGGUGAGCCCGAAAGUCUGGUACGACCUGUAUGUGUUUCUCACAGAUAUUCCUCGCAUUGUGUUGCGACGUGUUGUGGAUAAGACCCCGAUGGUACUCUCUUCCUGUCUGGCGCCACCAAAGACUGGUGCCGCAGCUCCACCUAACAUCGAAACAGACCAUCUUGGUCGUUUAAAGCAUGAGGUUUGCCGGCUUUUGAGAGGCGAGGCACGUAGAGGUUUGAGGAAAGGUGUGUUCAGGCUCACAGAUGAUGAAACAGGGGUUGUAUGGGCCCCUAUAGAUGGAAGGAAUCCAAAGAAGAUUGGCAGAUUUGCGCAUGUUGCCCUUUACUCUAGCGAUGAAGAAGAGGGAAACGCAGGAAAAGACGAUGAUGAUGAAGAGGAGGAGGAGGAUUUAUCGACCUUGGCGGAACGCGUCGAAAAAGUUCUUCUGGAACGACGACGAGCGAAGAUGCGCUCGGCAUCAUCGCAGUUCCCGGAAGUGUCUUCAAUAACAGCAAAAGAAUCAACCGAGCAGCCUCAGGUAAUGGCACCGUCAGUAUUUGAGGAAAAACAUAUAAUGACGCUUCUCACUGACUUAGUGAAACUACGGCACCAUGCAGCAUUCCGCACCAUGCAGCGCUGUGGUACUGAUGAGUCGUUUUCGAUGGGUCUAGCUGAUGUCAUGAGUGAGGCACAACGAUUGCUUGAUCGAGCAGCUAUUCGGAUGGCACCAACACCGCUGCCGGUGCCAUGCGCUUCACAGCCCUCGCAGGAGCCGCUGUUGCCGUUGCCAGCAGCGCAUGCUUCGCCGCAGGAGCCGAAGUUGAUGCGGCAGGACCGUUACUUUAAUCCACCAGCCGCACCGUCUUCGCCACGUGGUUCGCAGAGGACGGAGCGUUUGACAACUCACGUACUGCAGUCUCGAUGGAAUAGCGGGGCAGCUCCUGCCUACGGCUCGGCGUACAACAGUGCCCAGUACAACGCUGAGGGUUCACUGGACGCAAGCAUCCACAGCUCUCACCACCAUAACGAUCAACACGGAAAUGUCGCGUCGAAUCCUCCACGCAAUGAGGCGGGGGGUGUUUUUACGCGACUCUUAACGACCUCGACAAUACCGUCGGCUGUUGUUGACGAAAACGGGCGGAAUCGUGCAUGGUUUAGCCGAUCACGUACACAGGCCACUGUGGAGCCCAACUCGGAGGAGAAUUCCUCCAAUGUGAACAACAACAGCACUGCACCUGCUAGCGUGCGACAGCGACUCAGCGUCUACGACCGCCUCUACACACCACCAAAGAGUGGACAAAAGUCGACUCAGCAAGCCACCCCACCGCUCUCAGGGAGAUCGAAGGCACCGUUCAAUAUUUACGUCUGA